AUGAGGGAAAAUAGGUAAUUUAAUACUAAAAAUUUUCUUAGCUAAUGAGUGGUUAAAUAAUAUAAUAUAAAUAAUUAUAAAUGUUUUUAUUUUAGAUGCAGCCAAACUACAAUUAAUAUUCCGAUAACUACUAACAUUGAUAGAUCGAUCAAAAAACUGGAUGGAAAAAAAUCUCGGAAUAUAGAUUUGUUGGAGAAGUGGGAACAUGAUAUGUAUGAUGAACGAGAACAAACUCGUAAAAAUCGAAACGAUUUAUUUACUUCUCAUAUAUACAACAUACAAGAAGAAACUAAUGCACAUAGAGAUGAGCGGUACUGUAAAAAUGGGUAAUUUAAAAAUAACAAUACAUUUAUAAUCGUAAUACAUUAUAAGAAUAUGAAAAUAAUACGGUAUUUUUUUAGAUUCUGAGUGUAGCGAAGAAUGUUCUUAUUAGUUUCAUAAAGUUGUUUAUAAUUUUUUUUUUUUUUUAUGUAUACAUUUCUGAAAGGAUAUUUUCUUGGGGUGGUACUUUAGGGAGGUAAUUUUUCGAUUUUGUGAGGAACUUUCUCAGUAAAUGUAAAAACCCAAAAAAAAAUUGAGGAAAAACGAAAAAAUAUAAGAAAUAUUUAUAUUAGUUAAAAAUAUUGUCAGUCUUUUUUCCUGUGGACAACUUUGACUCCAAUUUAUAAUGAUAGCAAUUUGUCUGAAGGAAAUUUGACUGGGGAGGUACUUUAAAGAGGUUAUUUUUCGAUUUUUCCAAGAGUUUUUCCAGCAAAUGUGAAAAAUCGUAAAAAAUCAUAGGAAAACCAGGAAAAAUGUAAGAAAAACGAGAAAAUCAGAACUUUAUUAAACAAAUAUUAUAAAAGAAAAUACGUAAUGCUCAUUUAAUUAUUAUACACUAAUAUGACAUAUAUGUUGUUUACAAAGUAUUACUAUCAACUUAACUCCGCUCAGAAUCGCUUUUAGUAAGUAAUGGUAUAUCGUUACUUACAGAUAAAAUUUAAUUUCCCCUCUAUAUUCUACUUUCCCAACUUUUCACCUACAAUAAUGGAUUUACCUGUCUCCAUUACCUUUGGACAAAUUUUUUUUUUAGGCAUAUUACUACAGUUAAAAAUACCCAAAUCUGGCAAGACACAAAAUUUUAUACAGAGGCUGGUAGAGAAAAAGUUGGGAGUGGUGGUCAAGAAAGACGUUGUGCUGGUAAUCUGAUUAAUAAGAAUGAAACAAAGUUUACUCCAUCCAAAGAAUAUCAUUCAAAAUUGCCCACAAACGAUACAAAGCUACCAACAAAAUUAUUAAGAAAAGUCACAAGUAUCAUACGAGAUCAAGACAGAAAGAAUACUGCCAUGCAUUCGACUACUGGUCCGUUUCUAAAAUAUGGACCUAUUACUGCAACUUCUAAAAAAUAUUUAAAUUUCUCUCAAAAUCGUAAUGAUCAACUAAAGCAUCAAACCAGUGGAUUUCUUCCAUUAUGUCCAUCAAUUUUGAAGUUUUACAACCAUUCUACGAGAAACAUUAUUGGAAAAAAAAUAAACAGUACACCAGCUACCCAAAAUUCUGCUUUGGCUAGAGACAAAAAUAUUGUAUUCAACCAAAAAUCACCACAAUAG